AUGUUUCUUUUGGAGUUCAUGACAUUCGAUGGCCUUCGGGCUUACCAGCCAUGCUGUGAGAACAUUGAUCACCUCAACAUCCUCAAAUCAUUGCGCACUAUCGAACCCGAUGGCGAUCCGGUUUUCGAGGCAGCUCGUGAAUGGUCAUGCAUCAUCCAAGCCCGCCAAGACUUGCCCAAGGAUAUCAGAUAG